AUGUCUCGCAGAGUCACACGUUCUUCUGCGAGGCUCGCAGCGGAGACUGCCGCACCAGACCCUUCCAUCGAUCAGUCCACCAAUCCGCCUCCGUCCACCUCUCGGAAACGAAAAGUAUCAAGCCGUCGAACUUCCGAUCCUGUUGAUCAAUCUGACGAAAUAAGCCCUGCAUCUGCCCGACGAGGUGGCAAGAGACAAAAGUUGACGGACUCUGAGAGCGCGGUUCCUCAACCCAGCUCGAAAAGUAGUCGGAGGAAGGGGCCAGCAAACGAGACGGAAAUGUCUAACAAUGGUUCAUCUUCAAAAUAUACCGACGAAUCACUCAAACAGACUUCUUCCAAAUCAGCUUCAAGACGCCCAUCCAGUCGAGGCACCAAAAAGAGCCCAUCAGGUAUUCCACGUUCGAUCAAUCAGGGCGAAUCCGUGCUAACAAUAUCUAAAGACGUUUCACCUCCUGGGUCCGUGCCUGCACCUCGCCGACAGAAGAAACCUCUGGCCAGAAGAGACCAGGAUGUCGCCAUGAAAGACGAUGAGGAAGAGAACGAGAAGGCUGGAAGAGACACAACGUCACCACCCAAUCGAACGAACGACGAUAGCAUCGACGAGGACGACCAGAGCGGUAUGGAUGAUGACGAUGGUCCUGACCCCUUCUCCGCAGCCUUGUUUGGCUCGAGUCGUGGCCCCUCGGGUCUUUCGAGCACACUAAGAGCGCUGAGCGGAAUGAUGAGCGGCAUGUCAUCAAGACUCAGAGAUAUACUGAACAACCUUCGACAAGUUGAUAAUCCGACCAUGCAGAUGGUGGCUCUGGAAGAACUGUCGAAUCUCUUACUUGUGUCGAAUGAAGACAACCUAUCUGGCCAAUUCUCCCCGGAUCCUUACGUCAAGGAAUUAGUGGCCCUCAUGCAGCCAAAUCCUCUUACGGGAGAAGAAAAUCCUGAAAUGAUGCUGUUGGCCUGCCGAUGUAUCGCCAACUUGAUGGAAGCGAUGAGAGGAUCUGUGGCCAAUGUGGUCUAUGGCGGGGCCGUUCCUGUCCUGUGCCAAAAGUUGCUUGAUAUCCAGUACAUCGAUGUUGCCGAGCAGGCCUUGAGCACGUUGUCCAAAAUCUCCGUCGACUUUCCCGGGUCGAUAGUCCGCGAAGGCGGCUUAACUGCCUGCCUACAAUUUCUUGACUUCUUUGCCACGGGCACACAGCGAACGGCUGUCACCACAGCAGCGAACUGCUGUCGAAAUAUCCCACAUGAUUCUUUUCCUGUUAUCCGAGAUGUCAUGCCAAUUCUCCUCAACGUCCUGUCCAGCCACGACCAAAAGGUCGUCGAGCAGGGCUGCCUUUGUGUCACAAGAGUUAUCGAUAGCUUCAAACACAGUCCGGACAAGCUCGAGCAACUGGUCGAUCCACCACUGCUCCGAGCUAUUCUUGGGCUUCUCCUUCCAGGCACUACAAAUCUGAUUGGGGCCAACAUUCACACAGAAUUCCUUCGGGUGCUAGCAAUCGUUGCUCGGGCAAGUCCGCGCUUGUCCACUGAGCUUCUGAAGAUGAAUGUGGUCGACACAUUGUAUCAAAUCCUCACAGGCGUUUCUCCUCCGUCCGAAACUACUGAUGCUGCCUCCAAAAUCGACAGUGUUGUCAUAAUGCAAGCUCUCAUUCAUAGACCUCGAGAACAGGUGUUCGAGACCCUCAACGUCAUCUGCGAGCUCCUCCCAGCUCCCAAAUUUGAAGACGACUCUGCUUUUGAUGUGUAUGAUGAUAUGGACGAUGACUUUUCUGGCGAUGGUGACACGACAACAGAAUCUUCGCGAACGGAACAACGAAUCAAGUUGCUCGAAGGCUGCAAGGACAAAACCCGUAGAUUUGCCAUGAUCCUACUUCCGACAUUGACGGAUGCCUAUUCUAGCACUGUCAACUUGACUGUUCGACAAAAGGUUCUCGUCGCUCAGCUGAAAAUUCUCUCCAACCUCGAAACUUCUAUCAUCGAGGAUGCACUUCGACCAGUUCCAUAUGCAUCAUUCCUCGCCUCUAUCUUGUCCCAGGAAGAUCACCCAAGCUUGGUUAUGUUCGCACUGCAAGCAUCAGUUCUCCUUUUUGAUAAACUUGAAGGAAUCUAUCAGUAUCAAUUCCAUCGAGAGGGCGUUAUCAGCGAGAUUAAGAAACUUGCCAGCAGAAACCUCGAAAAAGAUAGCAAGCCCUCGCAAAAUUCAACAAUUGGGACCAGUGGCGAGGCUGGAAACAGCUCAGAAGCGAAGAAUGCUUCAAGUGCACAGAAUGUCACAGGCGAUGAGGCUGAUCACGACGAGGACGAGGACGAGGGUGACGAAGAAGACGUCGACGAAGACGAAGAGGACGGUGGAGAUGACGAAGGAGAGAAUGAUGAAGAUCAAGAUGAAGAUGAGAUGGCUGCCAGACAUGAUCACGACAUGGAUGAUUCUCAGAGCUCAGAUUCCUCAGACGACAAUGAGCUGACCACUCCACUGACAGCCUCGGGACUCUCUGACUUGGUUAUCAUGACAGCGAAGAACUUCUUGGAAAAAUACGAUACAGCCAAGGGUAAAGAAAUGAAGGAAAAAGCAUCCAAGAUACGGGAGGAUCUACAUACACUGGCGACUGACAUCAGUUCUUAUUAUCAGCAAGAAACCCAGACCGACUCCAGUAACGAGUUAUUUACACGCCUCGCCCGUUAUUUCGACGGGGACGCUCUUGAGAGCAUCACAAGCUCAGAGUUGCUAGACUCCGGUGUCAUCCGUGCUCUAGUGGAAGCCUUGUCGAGAGACGCACCAGGAAGCCCCAGCGCGGCCAGAACACACUUCAUCUCAGCAUUCAUGAAGUCAAUUAAUGACGCAAAGCUCAAGACGACUGCCGCUUCAUCAACGCCUACCGCUUUGAGCGUUUUAAUCCAGAAGCUUCAAGAUUUGCUCAGUCGUGCCGAGCAUUUCGAGGUAUUGACAGUCAACAACAACGCCUCCGAAAACAGCCGGAGUAGUUCAACCUCCAUGCUCUCUCGCCAGCUACGGUUGAGGCUCUCUGCAGAACCUGAUAGCGACAUACCAACCACGUAUCGCGAAAUGAUUGUCUCUAUCCAUGCUAUCGCUACGUUCAAGGCUUUGGAUGACUAUUUACGUCCGCGUUUCAAUGUCUCCGAGCGACCUGCCUCGGCCCAGCGUCGUAGAGACAUGCUACAGCAACUUGCCAAUGCCCGCCUUGCACAUCUGUCAGGAGCUGCCGAAUCGGGAUUGCUGUCGCCUUUUGGACAAGACCUGGGGUCUCCGGUACCUCCGGGUGGACGAGAUUCUCGAUCUGCAUCUCGCCUGUCUUCCCGAACCAAGCAUCGCUCUGAAGACAAUGAGAAGCCUACGGAGAAGACGACAGCUGAACCGCCCAAGAAUCAGCGGUCAAAUCGACGGAGCCAGGCCUCCUCAUCUAAACAACAAGCUCACGCUCCAGAGCCAAGUACUGAAGAGGAGACAAACAAACUUGAAUGCGCGGACGAGAAAGUGCUGGACGAUGAGGAGACUGCCGGAGAUGAAGACGAGAAGGCCUUGGCGGCUUUCGUUGAUGGGUUGGAAGAGGACAUGUCUGAUGAGGAUAUGCCUGAACCUGGAGCUGUUAACAUGGAAGUCGGAUCUACUGGAAAGGUCACAGCUCGUCAAGAAGACGGGACCAGAGUCUAUACUCCGCAACCAGGAACCCCGGUUUCGGGAACAACGCGACCUCCGUCUUCAGGACAGUCACCAGGACCAUCGCCAGCUGCGGGCGUUCGCCAGUCGUACGCAGCAGCGCUGGCUGCUACCCCGCAAGAUUGGCACAUUGAGUUUAGCAUCGACGGAAAAGCAAUCCCCAAUAACACUACGAUCUACCGAGCGGUCCACCACAACCGUGACCAGCCACGGGAUCCAUCGUCUCGCAGUGUCUGGUCUGCAAUUCAUACCGUGAAAUUCCGGAAGGUUCGUGGUCCUCCUCCUGAGACAUCGACCUUAUCUUCGGCGCAUGACACGGGAAAGCAGGGCCGCGAUGGUCUGCCGGCGUCUUUGGAUGGUCACCCUGUGACUUCGUCGAUCCUUGCUUUGCUCCGAAUCCUGCACGAGCUGAAUGCAAACCUGGACGAGAUCAAAGAAGCCAUGGGUGAGACGGGCACUGAAGUCUACAAAGAGCCACUUGCAUCAUUCAUCAACACUAAGCUCACUGCGAAGAUGAACAGACAACUUGAAGAACCGUUGAUUGUGGCUAGCAACUGUCUGCCUGACUGGAGUGAAGAUCUUGCAAGAUCGUUCCCAUUCUUGUUUCCUUUUGAAACUCGACAUCUAUUCCUACAGUCAACCUCGUUUGGAUACUCGCGGUCCAUGAUUCGUUGGCAGAACAACCAGUCCGAGAACGAUGAUCGUCAAGACCGGCGUCGGGAUGAGCGGCCUAUUCUUGGUCGACCUCAGCGGCAGAAGGUCCGCAUCUCGCGUCAUCGUAUCUUGGAGUCUGCUAUGAAGGUCAUGGACAUGUAUGGCGCCUCUCCAAGCGUCUUGGAAGUCGAGUAUUUCGAGGAGGUCGGUACUGGUCUCGGUCCAACACUCGAGUUUUAUUCGACUGUCUCUAAAGAGUUUUCCAAAAAGAAGUUGAAGAUGUGGAGAGAAAACGACUCUGCGGAAACAGACCAGUUUGCUUUUGGAAGAAUGGGCCUCUUCCCAGCUCCUAUGAGCCAGGCAGAUGCUCACACAGAUGCAGGCAAGAAGCUGUUAUUGCUUUUCAAAACUCUUGGAAAGUUUGUGGCUAGAUCGAUGCUCGACUCGAGAAUCAUCGAUAUCUCUUUUAGCCCGACAUUCUUUCGAGUGGGUGGGAUUUCCAACGUGCCGCCGUCGAUUGGCUUGUUGCGAACUGUCGACCAGGAUCUCGCAAACUCUCUGUCACAAUUACAGCACUAUGUGAAAGCCAAGACGAAGAUCGAACUCGAUUCAUCUUUGACAGAGCUGGAAAAGGCAGAGGCAAUACAGAACCUCACCAUUCGAGGGGCCAAGGUGGAGGAUUUGAUGCUUGACUUCACUCUUCCCGGCUACCCGAGCAUUGAGCUGUGCGAAAACGGCUCUGAUAUUAAUGUUACCAUGGAAAAUGUGCAAGACUACAUUGACCGUGUGCUGGAUCUGAGCCUAGGACGAGGAGUGCGGUCACAGAUCGAGGCAUUCCAGACGGGAUUUUCGCAAGUGUUUUCUUUCGCCACUCUCCAAGCUUUCACACCGGAUGAGUUGGUCAUGCUAUUUGGGCGUGUUGAGGAAGACUGGUCGAUGGAGACCCUGACGGACUCUGUCAAAGCUGAUCAUGGCUUCAACAUGGAUAGCAAGAGUGUCAAGAAUCUCUUGCAGACAAUGUCGGAGCUCAAUCCGGCUCAACGAAGAGACUUCCUGCAGUUUGUGACGGGCAGUCCGAAGCUUCCUAUCGGCGGAUUCAAGAGUCUUACCCCAAUGUUCACCGUCGUGUGCAAGCCAAGUGAGGCUCCUUACACUUCGGAUGACUAUUUGCCCAGUGUCAUGACUUGUGUCAACUAUUUGAAAUUGCCAGACUAUAGCAGUCAAGCUGUGCUGAAGGAAAGACUGUUUGUUGCUAUUCGAGAAGGACAGGGCGCUUUCCACUUGUCCUAA